CGCAACGACAACAGAUCGCAGUACAUUUACUGCAUUCAAAAUUAUCUCCACAUUGAACAAACCCUCCCAAAUCGCGUCACAAGAUCAAAAGAUCCCUCAAAUUGAAGGACAGACCAGACACAGAAUGUCUACCAGUAUCCGACAAGCAACGCCCGACGAUCAACCCAUCAUCGACACAAUCAUACAAGAAGCCUUCUCUAUCUACAUCGCUCGCAUUGGAAGGAAGCCCCAGCCGAUGCUAGACGACUACACUGCACUGAUCAAAGACGGAGUCGUCUACGUGAUCGAGCGAGACGGUGAAAUAAAGGGCACCGUCAUGCUUGUCCCCCAGGAGGGCUCCAUGAUCGUGGAUAAUCUAGCCGUUGCUCAGUCUGCACGGGGUACUGGGUUAGGUCGCAAGCUUUUAGAGUUCGCUGACGAGUCGGCUCGGUUGGCAGGCUAUCACACUCUUCAGCUGCAUACGAAUGAGACGAUGGUUGAGAAUAUAGCCAUAUAUACACGGAUGGGCUAUGCGGAGACACAUCGUGCGGAUAAUAAGGGGUGGAAGCGAGUUUAUAUGGCGAAGAACUUGGAUUGAUGGGCUAAGUUGGCGAUGGCUAUAUUUGUCAGUAAAAG